UAUACGAUAUCCAUAGUCUUUUUCCUUACCCGGCGUUCUUUGUGCUCCUGCGCGCGCCACAUUGUGACGUCACACUUGACUAGGAGUCGAAGCAGGAGAGUAAUGUGGACAGAGCGAUUUGUGCUCUGUGUAGUGUGUUGUUGUGAGUGUGAGAAGAGGUAGUUAACAGAAAUAAUAAAUUAUUAUAAAUAACAUUUAUUUUUAUACUUAUUUGUCGAUCACAUAAUUGUCCACUGUGAUGCCUGCUAGUCUAUUCCCAGACAUGGAACGCGGCGGCGGGGGUCUAGAGGAUCAAAGAGCACUGCAGCUAGCUUUGGAGUUGUCCAUGCUUGGACUAAAUGAAAAUGAAUCUUUAAACCCUAUACUAGAGUCAGAUGGAAGAAAGAAGAAAAGUCAAAAUACAACUGAGUGUGUUCCAGUGCCGACAUCAGAGCAUGUAGCUGAAAUAGUUGGACGCCAGGGAUGUAAAAUCAAAGCACUACGGGCCAAAACCAACACCUAUAUUAAAACCCCUGUUAGAGGAGAGGAACCAGUGUUCGUAGUAACUGGACGUAAAGAGGAUGUAUGUUUGGCCAAAAGAGAAAUAUUAUCUGCUGCAGAGCACUUCAGUCAGAUUAGAGCCCAGCGCAAAAGCAUGAAUGGCUCUUUAGCUCCUGGACCUAAUUCUAACAUUCCUGGACAAACCACAAUUCAAGUUAGGGUUCCAUAUCGUGUGGUUGGCUUGGUGGUGGGGCCUAAGGGUGCUACAAUUAAACGAAUUCAGCAGCAGACCAACACUUACAUUGUAACACCAAGUCGUGAUAAGGAACCUGUGUUUGAAGUCACAGGACUCCCUGAAAAUGUGGAGAGUGCAAAAAAAGAAAUAGAGGCGCAUAUAGCAAUGCGCACUGGCAGCAUCAUGGAUCCAUGUGGAAGUAAUGAUUUCCACUCAAAUGAAGUUGACCAAGCUUUCACAGGAAACUUGAACUUGACAAACAAUUUAGUUAGUUCACUUUACAAGUCAGAAAUAAAUGAUUUUGGACUUUUUUCUCAUGAAAGCAAUACUUUGGACAUAUCUUCUCAGGGCUCCAUUUUCAAUUUCUCAACAAUGAAUGGAACUGCAAAAUUAACUGAUUUCUCCUCGUACACUAAUGGUUUCAGUAAAAGCUUUGGAUUUUAUGACCCUGAUGAAGGCCUAGGAGAGUCACCCACUUUAGAUUCACAACUUGUUCCACCUCCUUUGAAUACAGUGUGGUCAGAGUUUGGGAAUUCUCACACUUCUACGUCCUUCAGAAACACAUCUCUUGCUAACUUGUCAGGUUGUAGUAACAGCAUGACCAGUGUCAGUAGUGGCUUGACCUCUUUUGCAGAUUCUUUGCUCCUUGACCAUCCACCUGCUCGCCGUAUCAGGAGUGACCCUUCAUGUGUGGUGCCUUCUCUUUUAGCACUGCCAAAUGGAAAUAGCAAUAAGGCUAUUUCUAAUGUCACCAGCAGUUUGGCUAGCAGUCCCACUGAUUCUUUUGGUUCUGGAGGACGAAGAGGAAAACGAGAAUGUAUAAUUUGCUUUGAAAGUGAUAUAGUUGCAGCUCUUGUACCUUGUGGUCAUAAUCUGUUCUGUCUUGAGUGUGCUAAUCGUAUAUGUGAGAAGCCUGAAGCUGAAUGCCCAAUAUGCCACCAAUCUGCAAAUCAAGCAAUUCGCAUUUAUUGUUGAAGACUCACAGGUUGUAUAAGACAUUUCAGGCAAAAAUGCUGACUGAUAUGAAUGUUUUACAUGCAAUAACUGUGUUCUUGGAAGUUCUUUUGAAACAUGACUAUAUGCAUAUAUAUAUAUAAUUUUCUAAAACAAAUCAUGUUUGCAAAUAACUUUUGUGUUUACUAUUGGAAUUAUAUAAUUUAAUUAUUGUGUAUAAAAAAAAAGUUACUUUUAUCAAAAGCCCACACAUUCUCAUAAAAUAAGUUAUAGAUACAUAUGAAAUAUUUUAUUCAAUUAAAAAAACUUAUUAAUCCAUGAUCAACAUGUUUCAUGAGGAAUAAUUAUUCUAUCACAAAUAUUUGCAAAGUACUGUAGUUUUACAUUUUACUUGUAAGUUUAAUGUUUGGUGACCUUUAAGAGUUUUAUCUAUGAAAUAAGCAUUCAAGAAUUAAAAUUUUACUCCAAAUUUUAUAGUUAGUUAUAUUGAAACUAUGGAAGAUACUCAAACUUGUGAUGAUUGUGCAUGUAGUUGUAUUGGUAUAGAAGAGAAAGUUUAGUAUUAGUAUAUCUAUUUUAAUAUUGUUUAAAAAAAUUUCUAUUUAAAAAUAUUUUUGAUGUUUUGUAUAGGUGCAU